CCAUCGUCGCCGCCGCCAUCGUCGUCGUCGACAGCAGCAGUAGCAGUAGCUCUCGGCUGGCAGUGUCGUGUAAGAGCCCAUGCUUGAUCCACGUCUCGUAUAACAAAUCGGUCCGGUACACAUGGUCGUGAUUUACGCACAUCCGACUAGCUGAUCGCUGCUGAGAUUUGAACGCCUUUCCUUCGCCCGUUGGCCUGUUACUUCCGAUAUUUUUGAAUCUACAUUUAUUAUUAUUUUUUCGAUUUUUCGAUGCCCGCCGGAUGACGAUGACGAAGACGACCGCAUCCCGCGGUGGACUGACGAUCACGACUUGGUGGUGUUGGUGGUGUACCGCCGCUCUAAUGCCGUUCGUCAUCGGGAAAAUGCUUCAAUUAUCAACUUUGAGUGUGGAUUUCAUAAGUAUGGCAACAUGCCUCAAAGACGUAUUCAUCGAAGUUCCAAUAGCGAUUAGAGAAGGUAAUACUGCCAUACUGCGAUGUGACUACGACCUAGAACAAGAAGCUUUGUACACGGUCAAAUGGUAUAAAGGCCGUCAGGAGUUUUUUCGUUAUGUGCCUAAAGAAUUGCCGCACACUAGAGUAUUCCCUUUGGCCACCAUAAAUGUAGACGUCAGCGAAUCAGGGCCAAACCAAGUGGUACUGAGACAAGUGACGCCUGAAUUGGAUGGCAAGUACAGAUGUGAAGUUAGUGCAGAUGCGCCAACAUUUCACACAGAAAUUGUAGCUGCUUGGAUGCACGUUGUCCGAACAAUGGAUGGUAAACCAGAGUUAUAUCUUGAAAAGCCCCAGUACUCUCUCGGUGAGAAGUUGAGAGCAAAUUGUUCAUCACCGCCCUCAAAUCCACCUGCAAAUAUCACUUGGUUCAUAAAUGAUAAAGAGUUGGGAAAUGGCCGCAUAAUCAGAAUACCAUCAGUAAGGCCGUCUGGUCAAUUAUUUAAGACUGUCUCGUCAAUUGAAUAUGACGUUUUAAUUGCUGGUAAGCUGAAGGUGAAAUGCCAUAGCGACAUAUACCACGUGAUCGGGUCGGAAACUGAAGUAAUGCUGGAUGAAGAUAAACCAAGACUUGCGUCUAUUCUACAACCACAUGGUCAUUCGGCAGGAUUUAUGUUAUCUCCUUCUUUCAGUAUAACCUUGUGGAUCACAUUUGCGGUUAUAAGGUAACGAGUCCAUCGUAAAAUGGGAAAAAAUGUUCCAUUCGCUCCAUGUAAAAAUAUAGUGUAAAUUAUUUUAAUACAUCAAUAAAGUAUAAAAUGUCGGUCAUCCUCUACUAUUCUAAUGGGUUAUUUCACUAAAAAUGUAUAACAAACGGUGAAACAACAUUUCUGCCAUAAAUAAUUUAAAUGUUCAACUUUAUAUAAAAAAAAAUGCAUUUUUAUUAAAAUCUUACCGAUUUAGUUGCAUAUUUAGUGUAAAAUAUGUGCAUCUUUAAUGUGUAUAUGAAUAUUUCAAUUUGAAAUAGUUUUAAAUAUUGAUUAGUUUGGUCACAAAAUAAUAUACAAAUGUACAAGAAAUAUUUUUAACUGUUGAUGCAUUCAUAACAUCUAUAUUAUUAACAACGAAUCGUUGCCAAUUAUUUUUUCAAAAUUGUAACAAUUUUACUAGAUUUUGAAAUAUAGGUAGGUAUAUAAUAUUGAUGUUCAUUAUGUAUCAAGUGUUAUAUGAUUUAUAUCUGCCGAUUUUAUCUUCUAAAAAUAUCUUUAAAUUUUAAACCAAAAACAAAUUUCAUACCUGCCUAUACAUAUAGUUAAACUCUAUCUUUAUAAUGUACAUAUUAUUUAAGAUA